UGUGGAGGACGUCCAGGCCACUGGGCGCUCACGUCUGGGCCGCGGAAGUGGACGUGGGAGUGAAGAGACCCCUAAUGCGACCUAACUAAUAUGCAGCACAUUCAAAGUUCUGUGAGAAGAUGUGUUAUGUAAAACCCCACUCACCACCAAACACGGAGUCUCAGUGCGGAGCUGAGGGCUCAGUUAUCGCUUCCCCUGCCUGGCAGACCUGAAGGAUGUAAACAGCUUGUGGUAACAUCAGGGCCCAAUCUAGCGCCAGUAAAAGAUCUCCCUCUCCACAGACCUCUGCAGUUACUCAGGAGGAUUGUAGACGGUUUUCAGUUACCCUAAAAACAUCCCGUGUAGGCCCGUCUUGUCCGUGGACAAGCAGACUGUAUGGAUCAUUUGUCUUUCCGUGGACGCUUUUCCUCGCCCACCACCACCUGUACAAGCAACUCUGGCCCUCGACGUGCAUCCCUUCAAUCAUUAUAACCUUCUCCCUCAGUCACUUCCUUGAUUUUAUAGCAACGUGUGCUCCGUUUUCCCAUUAGAUGUUCUGGAGCUUGGAUAGGAAUUUGAAUCCAUUCUUUGUGGGGUCCUAAAGCUCCUUGUCGAUGUGGGAGGCGAUUUUGAGGCGAUGGAAGCCGCCUUGGCCCUUGCACUCCCCGCUCCCGGGGGCAGUGGAGUUCGGCGGAGAGCAAGAUUUUACACAUAUUAAGUGCCUCUGAGUCCUGUAGAGAACCUCCAGCCCCAGACUUCCGCAUGAAACAAGGGCGCACAGACUGGAGCUGUGGGGGUUUGAGGAGAGCCGUUUAUUUGGAGAGCCUAGCACAGGAGGCGGCCCUGUCUCUAUGGCUCUGAAGAAACCACCUUUAGACUGCUAAGUGCUGCCCUGGUCUCUUUAGGAACGGUUCAAUGUCAGCAAGCUCGAAGCCAAGCAGAAGAAAAACAGCCAGAAAGGAAGAAGGCUCAGGGGGAGUGACUCCACCAGGCCAGCCGAGAGGGAACAGGGUCUCUCCCCUUGACUGAGUAACAGCCAGUGGGGCAUGCAGGCACCCCGGCAAGUGCUACUGAGCAACAGCUCCCAGGAGCCAGGCCUUACUCAAAGACAAAGGAUGAGCACAGGACACAACCCAUUCAAAGGCUUCCCAGCCUUAGCCACGGCCUCCUGCACCUCUCAUAUAAGCAGCCGGUAAUGGAGUGUCCCAAGGAGGCGUUGGAGCUCAACCUUCUAAAGCCAGAUCCAACAACUACCCAUUUGAAUAGUUGGCCGCUGGCUCAGAGCCAGGCGUUCCUGUGGCUGGAUUACGUAUUCCUGUCUUCUUUUUUCUCCUCCUUGGCUGAUCAUAGACACAGCAGAGACCCUGCAGGGAUGGAUAACCUGCGUUUUAGAUGCUGGGAGACGGGGACAUGCCAGGUUGUGACAUGCCUGGAAGACACAGCUCCGUCUUCCAGGCCCAGCAGGGAGCCCGCCUCCAUAGCGGAGAGGAUGGUCGAGCUGACCUAAUAAAUAUUUUCCAUCUCUAACCUCAGUAAUUAUUUUCAUGUGUCACAGCUCAGUAAGGAAUGAUGAAAAAUAAAGUUUCCCUGAUUAGACAAGACCCGCAGAUCACUGGGAGUAGAAUCUGAAACUGUUCUCUGUAUUGCUCAAGAAGUCAUUCUCCACACUCAUCAGAGAGCUGAUGUCACCCCAUCCCUACUCAACUACACAAAAAGUACUGAACUCCUAAUAUCACCAAUUCUUCUAAGUUCCUGGACAUUGAUCCGGAGGAGGAUUCGCAGUUCAACAUCAAGGUCCCUGUGCGUUUUAUUGCGACCUGCCGGUGGGAACUUUGUCUCCGAGUCGGAGCAGCAUGGAGCGGCGGAGCGAGAGCCCGUGUCUGCGGGACAGCCCCGACCGGCGGAGCGGCAGCCCGGACGUCAAGGGGCCUCCCCCGGUGAAGGUGGCCCGGCUGGAGCAGAACGGCAGCCCCAUGGGAGCCCGCGGGAGGCCCAACGGCGCCGUGGCCAAGGCCGUGGGAGGUUUGAUGAUUCCUGUCUUUUGUGUCGUGGAGCAGUUGGACGGCUCUCUUGAAUAUGACAACAGAGAAGAACACGCCGAGUUUGUCCUGGUGCGGAAAGAUGUGCUUUUUAGCCAGCUGGUGGAGACUGCGCUCCUGGCCCUGGGGUAUUCUCACAGCUCUGCGGCCCAGGCCCAAGGAAUAAUCAAGCUGGGAAGGUGGAACCCUCUCCCCCUCAGUUAUGUGACAGAUGCACCCGACGCGACAGUGGCCGACAUGCUACAAGAUGUCUAUCAUGUUGUGACGUUGAAAAUCCAAUUACAAAGUUGUUCGAAGUUGGAAGACUUGCCUGCGGAGCAGUGGAACCAUGCCACAGUCCGCAAUGCCUUAAAGGAACUGCUCAAAGAGAUGAACCAGAGCACAUUAGCCAAAGAAUGCCCUCUCUCCCAGAGUAUGAUUUCAUCCAUUGUAAAUAGCACAUAUUAUGCCAAUGUGUCAGCAACCAAGUGCCAGGAGUUUGGGAGAUGGUAUAAAAAGUACAAGAAGAUUAAAGUGGAAAGAGUGGAACGAGAAAACCUUUCAGACUAUUGUGUUCUGGGCCAGCGUCCAAUGCAUUUACCAAAUAUGAACCAGCUGGCAUCCCUGGGGAAAACCAACGAACAGUCUCCUCACAGCCAAAUUCACCACAGUACUCCAAUCCGAAACCAAGUGCCCGCAUUACAGCCCAUCAUGAGCCCUGGUCUUCUUUCUCCCCAGCUUAGUCCACAACUUGUAAGGCAACAAAUAGCCAUGGCCCAUCUGAUAAACCAACAGAUUGCCGUUAGCCGGCUCCUGGCUCACCAGCAUCCUCAAGCCAUCAACCAGCAGUUCCUGAACCAUCCACCCAUCCCCAGAGCAGUUAAGCCAGAGCCAACCAACUCUUCCGUGGAAGUCUCUCCAGAUAUCUACCAGCAAGUCAGAGAUGAGCUGAAGAGGGCCAGUGUGUCCCAAGCUGUCUUUGCAAGAGUGGCAUUCAACCGCACACAGGGAUUGUUGUCUGAGAUUCUGCGUAAGGAAGAAGACCCUCGGACAGCCUCUCAGUCUCUUCUAGUAAACCUGAGGGCCAUGCAGAAUUUCCUCAAUCUGCCAGAAGUGGAGCGAGAUCGCAUCUACCAGGAUGAGAGGGAGCGGAGCAUGAAUCCCAAUGUGAGCAUGGUCUCCUCGGCCUCCAGCAGUCCCAGCUCCUCCCGAACCCCUCAGGCCAAAACCUCGACACCGACAACAGACCUCCCUAUUAAGGUGGACGGCGCCAACAUCAACAUCACAGCUGCCAUUUAUGACGAGAUCCAACAGGAGAUGAAAAGGGCCAAGGUGUCUCAAGCCCUGUUUGCCAAAGUGGCUGCAAAUAAAAGUCAGGGCUGGCUGUGUGAACUGCUCCGCUGGAAGGAGAACCCAAGCCCAGAAAACCGCACCCUCUGGGAAAACCUCUGUACCAUCCGUCGGUUCCUGAACCUUCCCCAGCAUGAGAGGGAUGUCAUCUAUGAGGAGGAGUCAAGGCAUCACCACAGCGAACGCAUGCAACACGUGGUCCAGCUUCCACCUGAGCCGGUGCAGGUACUUCAUAGACAGCAGUCUCAGCCAGCCAAGGAGAGUUCCCCUCCCAGAGAAGAAGCGCCUCCCCCACCUCCUCCGACUGAAGACAGUUGUGCCAAAAAGCCCCGGUCUCGCACAAAGAUCUCCUUAGAAGCCCUGGGGAUCCUCCAAAGCUUUAUUCAUGAUGUAGGCCUGUACCCCGACCAGGAAGCCAUCCACACUCUUUCGGCUCAGCUGGAUCUCCCCAAACACACCAUCAUCAAGUUCUUCCAGAACCAGCGGUACCAUGUGAAGCACCACGGGAAGCUGAAAGAGCACCUGGGCUCCGCGGUGGACGUGGCCGAAUAUAAGGACGAGGAGCUGCUGACCGAGUCAGAGGAGAACGACAGCGAGGAAGGCUCCGAGGAGAUGUACAAAGUGGAGGCUGAGGAGGAAAAUGCUGACAAAAGCAAGGCAGCACCUGCCGAAAUUGACCAGAGAUAAUGUGAACUUCUACUAGGCAAAGCAAUACAUCGGUCCAAGGAUUUUCUGCUUUCAUUUCUUUAAAAGUUUUUUGUUAGUUUGUUUUUGUUUUUGGGGUUUUUUUUUUUUUUGCUUUAUUUUUGUCUUUUUAUGUCUGUUUUGUUUUUCUUACCCUUUUGGACAUUUCUUUGUUGCACAGGAUACACCUAUAGACUGAAUAAGUUCAGUAUUUCCGAAUCAGACAUCGCCUUGGCAAAGACACUAAAGCGUUACACUUUAUCCCGUCUCUAUGACUGGAUCAUAGUCAUUAUAAUCACAGGAGACUCUGCCUUCAUUAUCCUUGCACUUAACGGAAGUUACAUCAGGCAAGUUCCAGGAUGAAAAGAACUAUGAAAUAAAUGAAGGAAGCUACAAGUGUGUGUGUAUAUGUAUAUGUAUAUAUCUCUAUAUUUACAUAUAUAUAUUAAAAUUGCAUGGGACAGAGACUUUGCAAUCUGAAAGAAUAGACUGUGAAAUGAGUUCUUAAAGAAAAGACUUGUUUAUGUAUUAAAAAAACCACUUCACAGUGAGUCGCUUUGGCUUUUUGAUAAACUGCGGCCUGCUCUCAGGGUGGGGUGACUAUUUUUGAAUUCCUAUUUAUUUUUUGUGUUUGUCCCUGAUUUUUUUUUUUUUUAAUUCUAUGGCUUCCUAUCUGGCAGCUUAAUGGGUAAUUUUUGAGGUAUGUAUUUAACAAAAUAAACGACACUGCCGAAAAAAAAAAAAGUGAAGUGAAAAAAAUCAGGGCACAUUAAAAUGAUACAAGUCAAAUAAAUCUUAAAGACACAAUGCACACUUAAAAUGACUCAAUAAAAUGACUUGCUACGUUCCGUUAUUCAAUUUGUCAUUACUGUAGUGAACAGAUGCAUUUCUGUGGAAUUCCAAAUAAGUAAAACUGAAAUUCAGUGCAGAGAAAACUUUGUCCAUUAGUGCAAGUCUUGAUCAAAUGACAUUUUGACAUUGGACAUAUGGAAUUCAUAGUAUGAGCCACAUUUUGUUGUGAAAUUUAUUUACCUGCUUGUGGCUUCAAAUCUGAAAAUUAAUAAGCCUGCUCGUUUAAAAGUUGUUUGUUGUUGCUGUUUUUUUUUUGUCUUUUUGUUUUUUACUAGAAAAUAGUUCAGUGUAAUAUUAAGUUAGAAAAGAAGUUGCUGCCCGGUUAAAGGGGCUCCCUCUCAAAUAAAUCUCCAUCCUUCCCUCUCCCAAAAGACAUUUCUGAUUUCUGUUUCACUUUGGGCUUCCUCUUCUUCGUACACAUUCCAUCUACCUAAUCAAACAUUUUCAGUCCCUGAUCUCUCCUGUCCCUUUUCCUGGGAUGACAGCCCUAACAAGAACUGUUUUUGAAUCGUUGUGCAGCUCCAGGCAAUAGAGUAUGUGAAGCGAUUUCAGUAGAAUCACUUACUCAUCCUAAAAGAAAACAUUAUCCCAGUUACCUACAUCGCAAUUACCUUAUGUAAAGCAGAACUAAUGCUGACUGGAUGUUUAAUGGGAUGAGCAUUAAAGCUGCAAUCUACUAUAGUACUCCAGAUCUCUUUCAGCUUCCUAUGAGAAACACCAGAAGCAUUACUUUCCACUUCUACUUACAGUAAUUGCAAGAGGAGACCUCACAUUCAGGACUGGCCUAGUGAACGUAAUCCAUGCUUUAAACUGGCCAUUAAACAGUCCCACAUGGUUGGAUUUUUUUUUUUUUUUUUUUUUGAGUUGUGCUUUCACGAAACCUUGUCAAAGACCUCAUGCAAUAUCACUUUGAAAGUUAUUUUCUGUUUACUACACAAACAUUGUAAUAUAACUGUUAAUACUAUUUAUAUAUUUGAAAGGUAUAAAAGGUAGGAGUUAAAAAAAAAAAAACCUCUGUGUAGAUAUUAACUCAGAACUUACAAUAUACAGGGAGAAGACAUGUUGCAAUACAAGCUAAUUCUAGCUGCUCAGUAACCUCUGGAGUUUUUAAAGGGACAUUUUCCUGUACUUUUUCAAAUAAUGAUGUUUAAAAAUUAUCUUGACAUAAGCGUCAUAUACCUUUGCAAAAGGAUGGUUGUUUGCAGUUAGCCCUGGCCCAUCCUUCCUAUUUCUGUAGUAUGCUGCAGCUUUAAUCAGAAAGUCCAUGGUUGCUGCUUCCUGAUCUCCGAGUUACUCUUUCCAAAUUGUCUUCUUACACUGUUGCUGAAGGUCACUCUGUACACGUAAUGGAAACUGAUUUUGCCAAGCUCUUACAAGGUGGUUCAUCUAUCGAUGGCAUCCGCAUUUGGUAUCUUUUACACUUCAACCAAAAAUUUAUUAGGUAUUUUUCAAUGCUAAGUCUUGCCUUUUAUUUUUUAAUUUCACUGCCAAGUUUGCAGUGGUUCUAAGUGAAUCUGUGGGCAUUUUAGCCUGUGGUCUUGCCAGAUCUUUGCGAAUUACAAUGCAUAUAUGUCUAUUUAUUCAAUAUCUGUCAUAUAAUAUCUAUUUGGAAGAAGAAACUUUCUCUUGUAGUGCCUCUUGACAAAGCACAAUUUCCCGCCUUUUUUUUUUUUUUGUGAAAUGAAAAAAAACAAAUUGUGUUUUAUUGCGGUAUCAACAAUGUGAAUAAGGAUUAACAUAUUGUAAAUGUUCUUUUUUCCAUGUAAAUCAACUAUCUUUGUUAUCACUAAGUGAUAAUUAAUUUUUAACUUAUGUGCAUUGUUAGGCUGUUAGAAUUUUUUGGUUGUUAAAAUAAACGCAUUCAAUAAAUA